UUAACGUUGAAGAUGCUCACAUUCUACACACACUCGCCCAUACACUUGAACGGCAUGCAAUACAUAGGCAUCUGGAUUGUGUACCAACACACAGCGCCUCUUGACAUAUUGUCCACUCAGAAGUAAAAUAUAGCAACAGAAACGGCAGCGGCAUUUGGCAGAUGAGAAAUAGUAUACUUGUCAUCACAAACUAUAUUGAAAGGUCAAUUGAGCGAGCAAUCAAACAACGAAAUUUAAUUCAAUCGCAAUUUAUUUUUGGUGAAAAUAUCGACAAGAAGGUGAAGAUAAAAUGUCGCAGGUACACGAAUUCAGUGUUGAGAUGACAUGCAGUGGCUGUUCGGGAGCAGUAGAAAAGGUGCUGGGAAAAUUGGGCGAUAAGGUGCAAAAUGUUCGAAUUGAUUUGGAUAAUAAGAAAGUGUUCGUGACAUCGGCCGAACUGAAUGCCGACCAACUAUUGGAAGUCAUCAAGAAGACCGGAAAAACCACCAACUACAUUGGACUAGCCAAUUGAAUGUUUAUAUGCAAAUUAAGAAUUUGUGAUUCAACGAAACAUGAUGAAAUGACAAUGCAGACAAACUAACGCAGUUUGUCCAGCGUUUCCAUUAAAUACCCAAUUAUUUACAUUAUUCGAAGAACAGAAAUGGUUUUAAACAUCGUUUUAAUAUAUAUUUUUGAAUAAAAUUCAAUAAGAAUUCCAA